AAUUCCCGUUUCCCGGCGCAGGCCCGGCCCCUCCGGUGACACAGCAGCGCCGGCGCGGGGCCGGGCGGCAGCGCGGGGAGGCUGCGGCCGGAGCGGGGCCGGGCCGGGCCCUCCGCCGCUCAUGGCCCUGCCCGGGGCCCGCUCCGCCCGCCCGGAGCCCGGGGAGAGCCCGGCCCUGAGCCCGCAGCGCCGCCGCGAGAGGAGCGGAGCGGCCCCCGCGGAAAAGCCCUGAGGGAGGCGGGAGCCGGCGGAGAGGAGGAGGAGGAGGAGGAGGGGGAGGAAGCGAGGGAAGGAGCCGCGGGAAAACAGGAGAGGGAAGAGCUCGGAGCGGAGCCGGGGAGCGGCCGGAGGCGACACCCCCGCUGACCACAACGCCGGACCUGCCACCCCUCCUUGGGGACACCGCGCGUCCCCUUCCCGCUGGAAUUCCGCAAAUCCCAGCCUCUCCUCCUCCUCCUCCUCCUCCUGCUGCCGCCGGCGGUGUCACCCCAGUGCCACCAACCCCGUGUCCCCCUCCCCGCAUGGUGCGCCCCGAUCCCCCCGGGAAGCCGCGGCGGCGUUAAGAUGGUGAGAGCUGCCCGGGCCGGGCCGGGCGGGGAGCAGCGGGAUGGACACCGGCCCGGCGUAGGGAACGAUGGACUCGCGGAGCCGCCGGGAUGCGCAGCGCACGGAGCGGCCCGGCAGCGGCACCGGCAGCACCGGCAGCACCGGCAGCACCGGCCGUAGCGACGGCGAGGGCGAGCGGGAGCGCAUCCGCGGCCGCAUGAGGAUGGUGAUCGGGCAGCUCGAGGGCAUCCUGCGGGAGCUCAAGGAGGUGGCCAAGGAGCUCCGCGAGGUCGUGUCCCAGAUCGACCGCCUGACAUCGGACUUCGCUCUGGACCUGGAGCCGGACGCUUGGACUCCGGCCACGGCCAGCAGCACGUCCAGCAGCGACCGCGGCGGCGCCAGCCUGGAGCUCGGCCCUCUGGACUUGGCCUCCUCCGAGGUCCUGUCGGACAGCUGGGAAUUCUGCUCCUUCCUGGACGCCUCCACGCCCUCCGACCCCGGCGACGUCCCGGAGCCCGCGCGGCCGCCGCCGGCCCGGCUGAUGAACGGGGGGCUCCCGGUGGCCAACGGGACCCCGGAUUCCUCCAGCGAGGAAUGCUUCGGGAGCGCCGGCGUGGCCAAGCGGCCGGCGGGGACGCGGGAGCGCGUCCGCUUCAGCGACAAGGUGCUGUACCACGCCCUGUGCUGCGACGACGACAGCGAUCCCGGCGAUCCCGACGGGAAGGGGCCUCGGGAGCAGCUCCCGAGGAAUCCCGGCCCCGCCCGCAGGGCCACCAGGAACAGCAGCACCCAGACCGUGGCUGACAAGAGCACGCAGACCUUGCUGCCCUACGUCCCGGCCAGGCAGAGAAUUCCCAACAAAAACUGAGCCUGGAGCUGCGUUUGGGAAGGGUUCGGGGGAGGGGGAAAAUCCCUGGGAAAGGGGCUGGAAAAGAUCUAUAUAUAAAUAUAAAUAUAAAUAUAUAUUUCAAUAAAUCCGUACUCCUCAUAAACGCCGAGUCAGAAGGUGGCAGCGAAUAUCCC